AUGUCUUCAGAUAACGAGGACCACAGUGUCAAGGAUACUUCCAGCGUUGCUAAGCCACCUUAUGAGGCCACCCCAAAGGACGCAUCAUUCUUCUUCUCAGUUCUCAAGAACUGCAAGUCCAAGCCAGAUGUUGACUGGGACGCAGUUGCCGCUGAGCAAGGCCUCAAGAGCGCAGGAGUUGCAAAGGUUCGAUACGGCCAGAUCAAGAACAAGUGUGGCAUGACCGCAAUCCCUCCAGGAACAAAGAGUACCCCAAAGGAGCCAAAAACACCUACCAAGCGAAAGGCCACGACCAAAGCCGGAGGAAGUGCUAAGAUGGCAAAGACGGACGGCGGAGAAGACGAUGAAGGCGCUGUCGCUACACCGACCAAGUCUCCAAAAAAACGUGCAACUCCCAAGAAGGCACCAAAAUCUGCUGUUAAGGCCGAGGCUGAUGAGGAUGAGGACAUGGACGCAGGUAGUGGUGACGACGUAAAGCCAGUUGGUACUAAGUUUGCCAAGGCGUCCGUCAAGGAUGAAGAGGACAACAUGGAAGAAGAAAUUUAA